UCUGUGCAAAGCAUUCCAGCGAGUCUCUGAGCCCAAAACGAGGGGACCCGUUCCGUCCCCGCGGACCGAGGAGACAUGUCUUGGCUGUCACCUGUGUCGUGGGCCAAAUGGACGUGGACGGCGGUGAGAGGGGGAGAGGAGGAUGAAGAGGGGCAGGAGGCCAGCGAGCAGAGGGAACAACGUGGAGACGAAGAGGAAGAGGAGGAGAGAUCUCAAGGCUGCAGCUCUGACUCGGAAGGUCAAUUUGACACCCCUGAAGCAGCAACUCCUGUCCACGGCCCUGCGGCCUCCCCAGGAGAGCUGGAGAACAACAACACUGAUGCAGACAAAACAGAUGUGGACCAUGAGGAGCAGUUAAUAGUGACUGCUCCUGUUUGGGAUCAAGAUAUUUGUCAUAACCACAACAUGGGUCAAGAUGAGCCUGUGGUCCCCGUGGGGGCCCCACUGGAAGUUAACAUCCAGACCCUCGAAGCAGAACAAACAGAAGUCCCAGACUCUGAGGCUGUCGUUCCUCCAUCCUCAGGGAAGGAACUUCCCGAAUUGGCUGAAUGCACAGAGCUGUCAACAGAGCCAUGCAGAGCCCGAGUCCUAGUGGCAGAUCCUGUCCCGGAAGUAGCUCUAGCUCCUUCUCCAGCUUCUGCUUUAGCUCCAGCUUCUACUCCUGCUCCAGCUCCUACUCCAUCUCUAGCUCUAGCCCCUGAAACAGACUCAGUCUACAGCAGUGAACCUGCAGUCAGUACAGCUCCAGAUCCCCCUGAUCAGAAACCUCUUACUGAACCAGAACCACAUUGCAAUGGCCUGGACCAGAUGCAGUCUGCUCAGAAGACAAAAAACAGAAAUUCUAGGCCUCCACCCCUGAAGGUAAAGGCCUCUUUGACCGAGCUUCCCCAAUCAAAUGAGGAACAAGAACUUCCUGUUCCCAUGGCUACUUAUAAAUUCGACCCUGACCAGCUGGAUGAGAGCUUUGACCCCUUCAAGUGCGGCGGAUCCAAAAUCCAGAACUCUCCCCCACCGUUCGGUUCAAGCUCCCUCUGCAGACCUGAGCCAAUCGGUGGCUCCACGCCUGUGUGCGAGGCCGGCUCAGCAGCUCCAGCGGAAGCAGCGGUGAUGGCGGCGUCGUCAUCGUCGGAGGCCAAGUCUGUGAUGCUGGAGUUCGGUCUGGACGAUGGGGCGGUCAGCAAGCCACCUCCGAGGAAAUUAGGUGGUAAAAAGUCAAUCGGCAAACUUGGUGCCAAAAGGCAGAAGGCCAAAGUAUCCGAGGCUCCCUGCAAACCCGCACCAGAACCCACAAUCUCGGAACCAGUUUCUCCACCAGCGUCAGAACCAGUUCCUCAAACGUUACCACAAGCAGUUUUGGAUCCCCUUCCAGAAACUCCUCUGCCACUUUCCGACUCCACGGCGCCACUGAACCUCGACGACGUUCCCAUUCCUAAGUCUGGAGCGUACAACUUUGAUCCAAGUCAGUGGGACGAUCCAAACUUCAAUCCGUUCGGAGGCUACAGUGGGAGCUCCCCGUUGCCCCCGAAGAGCUCCUACAAUAUUGACCCAGACAAUUUGGAUGACUCCGCGGACCCCUUUAAACCCUCCAAAUCCAUAAGCACCGAGGACCCUUCCAGUAGCGCCCCUCAGCCAGAGAACAAGGGGAAGGAGGGAGGCAGGCAGAGAGCAGGGCCCCCGGCGGGAGAGAAAAAAGUGAGGCAGAUUCCCAAGAAAAACAAAGAGAAGACCAUCACCCCCAGGACAUCUGAACAAGUCAAGUUUCUCUGUUUUCUGUUGAAUCCCUGUAAAGUUCAGAAAUACGAGGACAGCCAGUCCUUGGUGCUUGACUCCUGCAAUCAGGAGGAGGAUGAGGUGGUGGUUCACACCCCGGAGAUUAAUCAGCGGGUUCAUCACGCCACGGAUGAGGAGAAGCUUGCCUCCACUGGCAUUAAGGGCCAGACAACUGACCAGGAGGAGGGAGGAGAACCAGAGUGCAAAACAGCACCUGUGAGGAAAUAUCCAAUCGAUGAUAUUUCUUUCAUGGAUGGUCUUGGUAGUAAGAUUACGGAUCACAAGGAGGAGAAGGACGCCUGCAGUCUGAAAGAGGAUAUGAGUGAGUUAUCUAUGAUCCAAACCAUAAAGAUGGCCACCAGUCAGGUCCAAGCCACAGCAGCUCUGUCUGCAGGACAGGACAACAUGCCUCUGAGUGAGAUGGACAAAGCCGGAGUGCUCAGCCUGAUCAGAGAAGAGAUCAUCACCAAAGAGGUUGAGGUCAGUGAGUGGAAGAGGAAGUAUGAGGAGAGCAGAUCGGAGGUUUUGGAGAUGAGGAAAAUAGUUGCAGAGUAUGAAAAAACAGUUGCACAGAUGAUUGAGGACCAGCAGCAGCAGAAGUCCUUGUCCUGCAGUAAGUCAGUCCGGCAGUUGACCGCAGAGAGGGACCAGGCCGUCGCCGACCUCAACUCCGUGGAGCGCUCCUUUGCUGACCUCUUCAGGAGGUACGAGAACAUGAAGGGAGUCCUGGAGGGCUUCAAGAAGAAUGAGGAGGUGCUGAAGAAGUGCGCGCAGGACUACCUGAUGCGGAUCAAGCAGGAGGAGCAGCGAUACCAAACCCUCAAGGUGCAUGCUGAGGAAAAAUUGGACAAGGCUAACGAGGACAUAGCCCAGGUACGUGCCAAGGCCGACUCGGAGAGUGUCGCUCUUAACGCCAGCCUGAGGAAGGAGCAGAUGAAGGUGGACUCACUAGAUCGAGCUGUCCUUCAAAAGAAUCAAGAGAUCGAGGAGCUCACUAAAAUAUGCGAUGAACUGAUUGCCAAGCUUGGAACGGAAUAAGAGGCCUUUACUUACACCCUUUGUCUCUCUUGAUGUGAAUUCUGUACGUGAUCACACUUAAGCACACUUCAACCCUUUUCUCUCUACCUGCUCACAAUAAUUAUUGAAAAGAACAACCUUUGAAAUACAGAUGCUGUUGUAACACUUAUUUACAAAAUCAGGGCAAUUAUUUUUCUAACUGUGAAAACAGGGACACAGCAGUUAAAGAGGCACAAACUUAUCAAAGGAAUGUUUUGAUUAUUUAGAAAAUGUUGGGAUCUUUGGCGAAGCAUAUACAGUCAUUUAGUUGUACUGUUGUGUGUGCAUUUGCAUGACAAAUAAUUUCCAUCACUAUUUUUACAGCGCUUUGGGAACAAAACUGUAGUAAAUAACGAAGGAGAUGAGGGAGAGAGGCUGUGGUCACCAGCACGGACAUCUUUUUUGCCUAUAUUUGCUAACAAUACAAAAGAAAUGGACUGAUACAAAAUAAUCCCUCUCAAGCCUCACUUAUGGACCACGAGAGGUGGAUUACAAUAUCUAAAGCUCCAGAGACCCUGACCCCUGGCUGUCUUCCCUCUUUUGGUAUGAUUUUGCUCAUAUGUGCGUCUGCAAAGAGCUUUUGGGUCCCAUGUUGGAGAGGUAACCCCACAGCCAAUAACCCGGGGGUGGGCACCGCUCUCCUUCCCAGGUCAAACAGACCGGUCCGACACAGACGGGUCCAUUUGGGAUGCCGCGUGCUUUGGGCUGCAUUCGUUUAAAAUGGGGCACCUUCCCACAGAAGGUUUGUGAGGAGGUGCAGAUGUGCUUAUUUGUGCUUCAGAAGAUGAAUGCAGUGAAGCAAUGACCACGUCUCGACUGUCGAGCUGGUGAGAAAGAGCGGAUAUUGAAUUUGACUUCAUAUUCUACUUUUAACUGUGUGGGUGUUACAGUCUUUAUCAAGGACAUGUCUCUAUUGAGUGACUUUACUGCUCCUUGUGGAUUAGUUUCCAGGCCUAUAGAUAUGUCUUGCUGCCAUUUAUUUUGUGAUACAGUUUACUUUUCUUCUUCCAUCACUAAAUUAACUAUAAGGUAAGUAAUAUUACUUAUAUACUUCAUAUAGUAUUAGUAUUUCUUAAGUUGCCUUUGAGUUGUUUUGCCUUUGUUUCACAUUGUAACAUACACAAGUGUGUGGCGUAGUCCUUAGUUAUUAGUUUAUUUUGACAUAAAUCUCUGGGAUUGAUAAAUAUGAAGAGCACUUAAGAGAAUCUUAAAUUCUCUUCCAUAAAAUUGUAAUAAUUCUGUGUUACAAUGCCGGAACGUUAACAUUCUGUUGUUGCCAUGUACAUAAUUUUGGAUUGUAUUCAUAUUUUGUGUGAGCUGGUGUGACGUUGCUGGUGUGCCUUCAUUAAGUCUAUUUUGUAACAUUGUGGCCAACGUUUGCUAUAUACAGUAUAAAUGUUUUAUGAUCAAAAACAUCCUGAACAACAGCGAGUUUGAUGGUAAGAGGGAAAGUCUGUGAUCAACCCGAGAGUUCAUCAGUAAUAUAUAAUGAUUAUAAUAAUAAUAAUAAAAUCAAUACCCUCAAUUCCAACGUAAGCAUUUUGUGGUCCCAUUGAAUUCGAGGGAGCACACAAGUUAGUUUUCCAUUGGAUUUGUUUGAUAAAUUAUGGACAAAUUCCCCUGGAUGCCUUGUUUCGUCAGCACAAUCAAUUGUCCUUGUAAAAUUACAUGAGUGACUCGGUGUCCUAUUAUAGUGGUCUUACAUUAGUCUCAAGGUGCUUUUCCAUGAAAAUACAUUGUUAAAAGUCCAAUAUGUGUACAUUUUAUACUUUAUGAAAAGAAUGUUGGUUUUAAUAUUUGUAAAAAUGAAUAAUUAAGUAUACCCAGAUUGUAUGUUAACAGCUAUAUUUUGUGCAUUCCUCAAUAAAUGGAUAACAUGUAAUAUA